AUGACUUUCGACCUCUCCAAAAUCGUGAGACCAAAAAUUUACAAUCUGGAACCUUAUCGUUGUGCAAGAGACGAUUUUAAAGAAGGAAUCCUGCUAGACGCCAAUGAAAAUCCCCAUGGGCCUACUCUCAAGAACGCAAGAGACUAUAAGGAUCUCAAUAGAUAUCCUGACCCUCACCAGCUAGAGUUCAAGACUGGAAUUGCAAAUUUGAGAAACACUCAGUCAAGCUUCAAAAAUGAAAAUUUGGACCCGCUAACCUCAGAGAACGUUUGUUUGGGCGUGGGGUCCGACGAAAGCAUCGAUGCAUUGAUACGCGCAUGCUGUGUUCCAGGCAAAGAUAAGAUUCUAGUGAUGCCCCCCACUUACGGCAUGUACUCUGUUUGUUCCGAUAUCAAUGACGUGGAUUUGGUAAAGGUGCCGCUAGUAGUGGAGGAUAACUCAUUUCAAAUGAACUUGCCACUGGUACUAGAAACACUAAAAAACGAUCAGACAAUCAAACUAGUUUUCAUCACAUCACCAGGAAAUCCCACGGGGGCAUUGGUGGACCCUAAAAGUAUCGAAGAACUCGCAACCAAAUGGCAAUCCGGUAUUGUGGUUGUUGACGAAGCUUACAUCGACUUCGCUGUCACAGGAGGAUCUGCUGCCCCGUUGGUCAACAAGUACCCCAACGUUGCCGUCCUUCAGACACUGUCCAAGUCUUUUGGCUUGGCAGGAGUCAGACUUGGCUUGACCUUCACUUCGAAGCCAUUGUCGAGGGUGUUGAAUGCUAUGAAGGCGCCAUACAACAUCUCUUCUUUGGCAUCUGAGAUCGCUCUACGCGCAAUGGAACCGGAAUCUAUUGAGAUCAUGAAAAAUACUGUUCAUGAAGUUAUUGAGCAAAGAGGCCGCGUAUUAGGAGAACUUACAUCUUUGAAGCAGGUUUCAAAUUCUCAGGUUGGUGGUCUCGAUGCAAAUUUCAUAAUGGUUCAGAUUUUAGACUCGGAAGGUAAACCUUGUAAUAAGCUGGCUAAAGCUCUUUACAAUAAGCUUGCUACUGACUCUAAAGUGGUGACAAGAUUUAGAGGUACAGAAUACGGAUGUGCUGGUUGCCUAAGAAUUACUAUUGGUACCAAAGAAGAGAACGACCAUUUAAUUGAGGAAUUUACAAAAACUCUCGAAAGCUUACAAAAUUAG